AUUAUUAUUUAUGUAUCCGGCAAGCUAAAAAGGAAAAAAAAAUAACAUUGGAAAAGAUGAAUCAAGCAAGGGUAUCACAUUUAGUAUCAGAAUUAAAGUUCAAUGUCAGACCAAAAGCAAGAAGGCUUAGAAAUAUUGAUGGACCAGAAGGUAGAAUUAAAAAAGUCCAAAAAACAUUAACUGCACUUUUGAAAUAUGAACGACUUGAAUUGUAUUAUAAUCGUGGAGAAGAAGUUCGAGGUUACGUUGAUCGUUUAAUAUCUGAGGCAAUUCGUCAUGGACCAAGUCACAAAGAAACAAUGGAAUUGGCUGAUUUUUAUAUCUUAGAAAAACAACUUGUUCAUAAACUUUUUAAAGUAUUAGUACCAAGAUAUCAAGAUUACACAACGUCAUUCACAAGAUUACUUGCAAUUGAAAGAGAAUAUCCUGGUUGGUAUCAUCGUAAAUCAGUUUUAGAACUUAAAGGUAAUCCAUAUCCAGGAUUAGAACAACCAAAUCCAUAUGAAAAAAAACUAAUUCACAAUAUUUUACUUGAUGAAGCUAGAAAAGAAUAUAGACUACAAAAAUAUCAAGAAUUAGCUGAUAAUAUUACAAAAUAA